AUGUCGGAGAAUCACCCCUCCCCCGAUUACUCCCGCCCCCAGUUUCCUGCCCACAAUGAGCCCCGGGUAUGGAUGAUCACGGCUGGAGAUUCACCCAUUGGGAUUUCCGUCACUCGCCAGAUUUUGGCGCAUGGUGAUUGCGCGCUUGUGGGGCUGGCCUAUACCAAUCUAGACCGGGAUGAAUGCCGCAGAGACGAAUACGAUACCUUCCUGGCGGAGGUCGAGAGUCAUCGUGAAGAGGGAUGGCCACAGCGACUCAAAUCGGUUCCGCUGGACAUAAGGGUGGUGGGAGAAUGCCAGGCAGCGGUCGCGGAGGCUGUUGCAACGUUCGGCAAGAUCGACAUCCUUCUCUGUUGCACAAGCCAAGCCCUUAUUGGAACCGUAGAGGAGCUAGCAGCCUCCCAACAAACUCUCAAUCUAGUCCGCGAUCAGUUCGAGCUCAACUAUUUUGGGCCACUCAACAUCAUCAAGUCGGCGCUACCUCAUAUGAGGAGGCAGAAAUCGGGACACGUCAUGAUCAUCUCUGGAAUAACGGCUCAUAUCGGGACUCCUGGACUGGGGAUGUACUGUGCAGCUGGCUGGGCACUCGAGGGUUUUUGUGAUAGCCUUGCAUAUGAGAUAGCUCCUUUCAAUGUCAAGCUCACAAUCUUCCAGUGCAGUAUCGAAAUUGGCAUCCUCACCAACUUAGUGACCAGCGUACCCCCCAUCGUCCCUGCAUACUCUCCGCGCGCCAACCAUGCACCUCUAUUCCGAGGGAUUCUCAAUCGACUGGUCCCCCGCCUACCGCAUACCCACAAUGGGACGGAUGAGUCUCGCAAUUCCGGCCGAGUCACCUCUGCGGAGGAUGGACCUUUCUCCGGUCCGGAGGUUCUUUCGACCUAUCCUCCACUCAGUCCCGCGCACAUGGAAAUCCUGGUCGCGGAGACCGUCUUCGCGAUCACUGCCAUAGGGGGGCAUGAAAACCCCCCGUCUCGUCACAUCGUUGGACAAGAAGGCGUUGCGAGCGUCAAAGAGAAGCUGAAAACCGUUAGCGAGGAACUGGAAGAUUUCAUUCAGUCAAGUUUUGCGGUUGAUUAUGCCGCCGAUGAGGAUCAAAAUCGCGUCAAAGAUGACAGUAUGAGUGGACUUGGUGGACUCGGUCGUUCCCAUAUACCCUAA